AUGGUUUCAUGGACAGAUUCUGUUAGAGCAGUGGUGGUGUCCAAUCCAACAGCCUUUUCAUCUGUGCCUGCAUUGUCCGGACCUAUAAUGUGGUCGCGAGUGUGCGAUGAUUCAGCACACUCCUUAUCGUCUACAAAAUUAAACGUAGCCGAUUUAAAUUUUUCAGACUGGCUGACGUUCGCAGAAAAUUUUGCAAUUGUGUGGCAAACGGAUACGGUAACAGCAGUUAUGGCGCUGAUGCCAAUGGAAAUGUCAUCCGUAGCUGCAGUGGCCGGGCCAGUAAUGUCUUCGAAGGUGUUUGAGACGUCAUCACGACUUUCAUCGCUUCACAGCAGAAGAGUGGAAAGUAGAAAACGAAAGCUAAAUGAUGACUACAAUGGUAAUCCAUAUAAAAGAAUAAAAUUGACAACACCAACGACGGUCAAUCUGGCGCCACAAAAGAAGAGGACGUGGGUGCCGUCGUCGCCCAUCGAAGCGGCUCCACCAGAACCAGAUGGACCGUUGUGCUAUGUAAUUGAACCACAAACUCCGGGCAGCAGUCAUGAUUUCGGCAAAAUAUCCGUCUUCAAAAUUCACUAA